AUGAAUAGAACAAUUCGAAGUUCUGCUCGGGAAAUAAUUUAUAGAGUGUACAGAAGAUGUCUUUUGGAGUAUGAGGCCAAAAAUAUACUUUCUGAUCUGAACAAUGUUUAUAAAAGAACCGCUGAAAUGACAGGAAAAUCUGAAUCUACAGUUCGAGGAAGAAAACAUGGAGCGACGAAUAAAAUCGCAGCUACAAUUGAUGAAAUGAAUUUUGGUAUGGUAUUGCCUAGAUGGACAUUAACGCUGGUAUCAACACAAUUGUCACUGAUCGAUGUCCUUCUAAGCGACUUUGACAAGACAAUUGCACCAUGUGCUAACAAAAAGAAUGAGAAAAAAGAAGAAGAAACACAGGAUGCCAUGCCAGACUCUACGACCAACACGGAAAAGAGUAAUGCAAACCCUUUCCACUGCGGCGAUGAUGUUCUUGUGUCGAACAAGGAUGGAAGAUAUUACUUAGGUACAAUAGUAGAGCUAAGCACAAGCAAUGACAACGACUCGUGCGAAGUGGGCACGGGCGUGGCGCGGUGCCUGGUCAAGUUCGGGGACGGCACGCACGCGUGGGCGCCGGUGGCGUCGCUCAAGCUGCUGAGCGCGCCGCCCGCGGACGACGGCCGCAUCAUGUGCGUGGUGUGUAAGCGGCGCGAGGGGCCCGCGCCGGCCGCGCCCGCGCCCAACGCCAUCGUGGCGUGCGACAUGUGCGGCCGCGGGUACCACGCCAAGUGUCACACGCCGCCGGUUGAAGCCUGGAUUAAUGGCGCGUCGUGGCACUGCAAGCGCUGCGUGGACCAGCGCUACCGCGUGGCGGCGGCGGAGAACCGCGCACUCAAGCGCUCCGACAUCUUCCGCUUCAAGGGCCAGCGCCGCGCGCCGCAGGACCUCACGCCGCCUUGCGAUACGGCGUCCACGACAUCGUCAAACGCUUCCGAGGCAGGGAAAGAACAGAAUGAGGUACACUGCUAUUGUGGUGAAAAGAGUGAUUGGCUUGCGCAAAUGUUGUUAUGCUGUCGAUGUACCCGCUGGUUCCACCAAAGAUGCGUCUCGAGUUUGCAGUAUCCGUUGUAUGCGGGUGAUAAGCUGUACAUAUUCGCAUGCGCCAAAUGCAACGGUGGCGAAGAAUAUCUCCGACGGCUGGAGCUGUGCUGGCUGGAGCUGGCGCACCUCGCGCUGUACAACCUCACCGUGUACAACGCGCCCAACUACUUCGACCUCGACACAGUCAUCAUGCCCUACAUUAUGGAUAACUGGCACGCGUUGCAGUUGCCUGAGAAGAUGUGGCGAACGCCGGUGAACGAGCGGCGUGAGAAGAUCCUCACGGCGCUGACGUCGUCACGCAAACGCUUCAAGUGCGGGCGCGAGAUGAAGAAGCGCGCCACCAUCUGGGGCCUGCGCCUGCGCCGUCCGCCGCCGCCGCCCAUGCAGCUCUCCGCUUUAGAACAGGUUAAAAAAGGAGAUCCAUUGACUGAUGAGCUUGUACGAGAAUAUGCACCACGUCUACGGUUUCUGUCCAGAGCACCGUCGCCACACACUGUUUUACCUGUUGAUGAUAGUUUGCAGCCUUCCAGUAGUAACAACGAAAAAAGUUCCUAUAAGAGUCACAAUCAACAUAUGAUAGUGCCAGUAGAUGGUCACUGGUUGAAUCUGAUGAUGGGGAAGAGGUUCCACGAAAAUCUCAACUCGAAUUCCAACAGUGAAAACGAUUCGGCCAGUUCUUAUGAAUCUGUCAAAACAACGGAACGAGACGACCAACCGUCCCCCUCCGUGUGUACGUCCACCGCUAGAAAAUCCGAUGCCAAAGAAGACGCUUUAGAAAAAACUACCGAAAUUAAUGAAUCUGAAACAAACGAAGCGAAGUCCACAUGUGACGUAUCACCAGUGCCAUCACUCGACACUUCCCUCGUACCGUGCUCAGUUAAGUUAGACAAUUUACCCAAAGAAAACACAGACGACGUCAAUUCAAGCAACAACGACUGCAACAUCAAUAUUAAUACACAUACCUCUAGAAUAGCCACUAUGAACUUAGAAGUGUCCAAACUCUCCACUAAAAACAUUAUUGAACAUUCCAAAAUAAUGUCUCUACAACAUAUGGAUAAUAAGCCCCCGUGUAAUAGUUUCACCCAUGAGUUAGAAUCAUCCGGAGACGAGACUUCGAGUAGAGGUACGUUAGAUGCCAUAAUACCACCGCUGAAAGACUUCCAAGGAAAAAACAAUCCUUUUUUGAUGCAAAACACGUAUCCAUCCAAAACUCCGUUUUCGUCAAAUAUGAAUAUGUAUAAUAAACAAAAUGGUAGACACCACUACCACUCACGGUUUUCAUUGCCAAAUCAAUUGAACCCACUCAUGGGACCCAUGGUGAGACCUUUGAAACGGAAACUGAGUGAGAAGGAUAUAGUAAUAGGUCCCAAUGGAGAAGUAAAAAGGAGAAAGUACAGGCGGCCGCGAAAGCAUUUACAGUUACAGCUCAAUAAAUCAUGUCCACUGCCAGACGACGUUGCGAAGCCUGCCGGCCAGACCGGGGAGAAUGGCGACGUGACGACCUCACACCUCCCCAAGUUCCACGGCAGGAGGCUCCGUCAGCGGCAAGAGAAGAACUACUAUGAAAACGCUCGUAGGAACACAGUGCAGCCUGGCGCGGUCGCCAAUAGCGUCAAAAGCCUCCAGCUCAGCCCGCACAAGGCCGGCGCGUGCGCGGCCGACACGGACGCACGGCAGCUGUCCGCGCUCAAAUCCCGCGUCCAGUCAUACUUCCGCGCUGGACAAACGUUCCGCGUGCUCGCCCGCCGCCUCGCUCCCGGAGAUCCCCCCGCGUACCUCAUCGAGUGGGACUCAGCCUCA